AUGCGACUACUGAGGAAUGCGACUACUGAGGAAUGUACGUCCGAGGAAUGUACAGGGUACAGGAACAGGGGUGGGUGGGGCGGUGGUUGGUGGUGGUUAGAAAGGAAAAAAAGAAUAAGAGGGGGGGGUCGAAAGUCACGUGACGGAGUACACGCGGGAGUAGGAAGUAGAGCAAAGUACUGGGUUAACGUAAGUAGGAAUGCUAGUACUUGGUGGACGCAAGUAGAAAAGGUGAUGUGUACGCAGAAUGUGGGUCAGUCAGCGGAGGGAGUACUUAGUCGGGGAAGUGCUAGAAAGAGGUGGGCGCAGAAGUACUGGGUGGGCGUAAUAGGAAAGGUGGGUGUAAGUAGUAGUAGGUUAACGUCUGUUCACAAAGUGCUAGUAGUAGGUUAA